AGCAUAACAGCAGUAGGGGAGGCCGGCGGCAACACCCAGCCGUUGCCGUUGCCGUUCCCUCGCGAAAUCCAAUGGCCAUGGCCCAGUCCUCCUACUUCGCUAGCCGCCCACCCCUCCUCCCCUCCGCAGCGACCUCUCCCUCCUCCUCCUCCUGGUCGCCUCCCAGGCACGGGCCGCCGCGCUGCCGCCGGGCACUCACGGCCGCAUCUUCCCUCCACCUCGGGCCGGAGGACUUCGCCGAGCUCGUGCACAACAAGGUUCUGAUUGCGGCGACGGCGGCGAGCCUGAUCGGGCAGCUGGCAAAGCCAUUCACUUCCGGCGGGGAUGUGGGCAAAAUCGACAUCAUCAAGGUCGCCGCCCGGUCAGGGGGGAUGCCCUCGACCCACUCCGCGGCAGUUGUGGCAGUGACUACCUCCCUUGCGCUAGAAAGGGGAUUUGCAGACUCCAUAUUCGGGAUGUCGGUGGUGUUUGCGUCGAUUGUAAUGUAUGAUGCCCAGGGAGUUAGAAGAGAGGUGGGUAAGCAUGCAAGGCUUUUGAACAAGUUAUGGACCCUAAGGGAUCAGACGACUCAAGACCAGGAGGACGGUGGUGACCUGGUGAAUUCCACCUCUGAACCCCACAUUGCGAACCGCGAGAUGGCUUCUGUUCCCCAGGAUGCAUCUACAUCACAACGUUCAAACACUAUGUCCUUCUCGAGGCGCAGCGCUGCGACCAAACUGCUGAGAUCAAACGCGCUCCGAAGCUCAGAAUCAGAGCUAACUGAAUUGACAGAGGAGUAUAGCCGGCUGAGCGAAUCCGUCGGCCACACGGAGGCACAGGUCGCAGUUGGUGCCUUGUUAGGUUUUGUCGUAAGCUUAGCUGUCUACGCGACACUGUAACCACUGCUGCCAUAUUUUUUUUUGCAUUCUUAACUACACGGCUGGUUGAUAUUUACACAAAAAAAAGGAACCAAAGCGAUUGAUUGCCACCUCUAUGAAGCAUGUUUCAUAUUCGCGAAUGCUUUGUUUGACCCUGCACGGACUUGACAUUGAGCGUGAACAGUUUGUGACUUUGCUA